UCUUGUUCGUCGUUUGAAGAGAAGUGCAAGCAGUCAUGACACAGCUGGCUUCCCAACAACCGGCGACCAAAGCACCAUUCGCAGACCUGAACUUGCGGCUCAUUUGCCAAGACUGUCAAGACCCAGUACCAAACAUUGUGGAGGACUUUGCUGCUGGCGACUUGAUUUGUGGCAACUGUGGUCUAGUGCUGGGAAACCGUAUCAUUGACACUCGGUCCGAAUGGAGAACCUUCUCGAACUCGGACGACAACACUGAUGACCCAUCUCGUGUAGGAGCAGCUGGGGACCCUCUCCUCGGCGGGAUGAACCACAUCGACUCUACCGUCAUCUCUCAGAGGGAUGGAGGUAGCGGUGCAGCUCGCGAUUUGAGUCGGGUACACGGCAAAGCGACAAAUCAAAAGAGCGAAAAGAACCUGAUGACAGCGUUCAAGGAAAUCCAGACCAUGUGUGAACGGAUUGGUUUAUCGAAGCUAGUAUCUGAUUCCGCCAAGCAAAUGUUCAAAAGAGCAGAAGAUCAAAAGGUUCUGAGAGGGAAACCUCCCGUAGCGAUCAUGGCCGCGUGCAUAUAUAUUGGGUGUCGUGAAAAUGGAAACACCCGUACUUUCAAGGAGAUUUGUGCCCUCACCAAGGUGUCCAAAAAGGAUAUUGGCCGAAUCUACAAAGUCCUGCAACCCCUCCUGGAUAAGCCCUCCCAAGAAAUCUCUUUAGACUCCUAUGUCAUCCGUUUUUCUUCUGCGUUGGACGUUGGUCAAGAUGUCAUAAGAGCUACUAGUGAGGUGUUGAAACGGGCCCAACAUCUCGGUACCCUCGCUGGCAAAAGCCCCAUCUCCAUUGUUGCUGGAUGCCUCUAUUUUGUCAGCUGUCUUUCCAAAGAUGAUGAAAUGAAGUCUGCAAGGGAUAUUGCAAAUGUGGCGGGAUGUACCGAGGCGACGUUGAAGAAUGCGUACAAACUCCUGUAUGAUGCCAGGGAAGAGUUGGGCAAGGACCUGAGGAUGGCAAAGGAACUCAAGGCUUUACCGGUGCCUUGAAGUGUGUCUGGGUUAGUUUUUGAGGAGACAUUUUCCCUUAGUUAAGUAUCUAACGCGGACGUCCCUCAUCAAGAUAUUUUUGAUAGCAUUGUUUUUUCAGAUAGAAUUAUCAGCAUGGUAAAAUGUGUUGUUGGCAUCAAGUGUAAAUAUUUAGAACCACGGUGGACGGUCGAGAUUUUCUUUUGGUUUUGCGCAUAUUGUGCCGCAUUGCGUGUUCUGUUACGAAAAUUGUUGACAAUAUAAUGUUGCUCGACAUUACCGC